AUGGAGUCAUUCCAGAGGCAUACCAGCAGCAAACAACAAGGUCACUCACCAGCUGAAGAAGAUGUGGUCCCGGAUUAUGAGGGGGGUUUUGAUGGUAUGGCGGAAUCCCAUAUUGAUGCUCCAUGGAGGGAACAGCAGCCUUAUGUUGAAGAGGUGGAAGAUAAACACAAUGUGUGGAUGUGUUAUAUUCAGUCAUACCCAGGUCAAGUUGCAAAGACACUGGGCGAAGUGGAGAACAUGUUCUGCACUAUCAGAGCUGAACAAGAGGCUCUGGGGCUAGAUCCAUGGGCGCCCUUUGCAAAUGAGGAGGAAUGGUACUUGGUGAAAUGGUUGAUUGCGAGGGUGGGUCAGACGGUCAUUGAUGAGAUCUUGAAACUACCCAUUGCUAGCCAUAGGAACACUUUGUUUACUAGCAAAUAUACCUUAAUGAAAGCCGUGUAUCGGCUUUCACAAGGAACCAAAUGGAAGUUGAAGAAAAUCACUGUUGAGGGGAAUAUGGUCACCAAUGGUGGUCAGCAUGAAAAAGAGGAGCUUGAACUGUGGUUAGGGGACCCUGUAGACUGCAUUCGAGAGCUGAUGGGUAACCCGCAAUUCAAAAACAUGGUAUCAUAUGCACCAGAGAAAGUUUUGGGAAGGUUGCCAGAAGGUGCUGUGGUUGUACCAGUGAUCCUUGCCUCAGAUAAAACAUCACUGUCACAGUUUCGCGGCGAUCAGGAAGUAUGGCCUGUCUACCUGACACUUGGAAACAUCUCCAAAGAGAUACAAUCUGAACAUUACUGCCUAUUCCACUACUGCAUGACACAGGUGCUGGAGCCACUAGUUAGUGCUGGGCAGGAUGGAGUUGAUAUGACUUGCCCUGAUCAACAAGUCAGGCAGAUGCACCCCAUAGUAGCUGCAUAUAUUGCCGACUUUCCAGAGCAGUGUCUGGUAGCAUGCUGCAUGGAGAAUUGGUGUCCAAAAUGCACUGUUGGACAUUACCACCAUGGAGAUAUGAGACCAUCUGCACCCCACGAACAAGAUUCGACAAUCGAAAACUUGCAGCUGCACUCUGGAGGCGAGCUGAGUGAGGAAAUAUUUGAGAACAUCAUUGGAAAGGACACACUCGAUGCAUGGUUCAAGGAACUGCAACAUGUAUUCCUUGGUGUGAUUGCCAGAGGAGUCGAGAAUAGGGGGAUUGCCGCAGUGCAUGCUGUGUUGGACUUUGUUUACUACGCCCAAUUCCAGUCACACACAGAGAAGAUGCUGAGCCACAUGCAAGCUGCAGUCACCUCAUUCCAUGCCAACAAGGACGUGUUCAUUGUAGGGUUACCGAAGUUCAGUCCAGAACCUAAGGUUCAGGUUCAGUUUUGGUUUAGGUUGGCCCUUGGGUGUGGGGUUCAGUUCCAGUUCAGGGCAGAGGUAGCCUCCCUGAACUUGGUUCAAACUGGUCUGAACUUGUAUGAACCAGCUAGACUGUUGUUUGCCAAUAUUCAAAGGUUUUUGCAGCAGUACUAG